AAACGCCUUGUUGACAACAUACUUGACCUCUUUAAAAAAAAAAAAAACUGCCACCCCUAAAUACAUCUCUGAAAACUGCAGUAGGAAGAUAAAAUGAAGCCCAAAUCUCUACAUUCGAGGCUGUUUGACAGGAAUUCGGUUUCAUCGUCGGGUGCGACUUUGAGUGUCCGUGCCGCAAAGUAUCAACGGCAUGUAGACUGUGCAGAUCAAUCAGAGAAGCCGGAGCAGUCUCCCAGUAAUGAUGGCUGGCCAGUGGCUGAGGAGAGCGGACAAUAUGAGAGGCCCAGGGAAAUGCAUUUUGCUUUCACACAAGAAAGGUAUGAGCAGCUGAUGGACGAUGAAACGAGAGAAGAGAGGAAGAAAAGGAAGAAAGAGAGCUACAAAAAAGUUAAAAAGAAUGUCGGGAAGGCGCUUCGUUCCACCUGGAAGUGUCUAAAACUUGGCCUGUACAAUUUUGCCUUCGGUUACUCUACUCCCGUCACAAUAGCUGCUGCUUUUGUUCCUGACUUUCACCCUGGCAGAGACAGGACCUGAACUGAGCUGAGCUGCAGGGAUCUGUUCUCCUAUUUUUUUCCAGUUUCACUCUGCUGUACUAAACCCAGGUCCACGACCAAAGACUUUUUAUAUGUUCAAUAAAGUUUUUGUAUUUUACUCAACAUUGUUGUAUGGGACUAAAAACUGUUGAAUGCAUUUGUUUUCUACUGAUUCUGCUAAGUCUUAAAGUUAUGUCUUUGUCAAGUCAGACAAUUUUUUAAAAGUUUAAAUGUUUUCAAGCAGUUAUGUUCUUUGUUCUUAUGUUCUCUGUUCUUUCUUAAUUACAUUUUUUCUGUUGUGAUAUGAUUUUGUGCCUUCAAUAAGGGAAAGAAAAAUGUAUCAGAAAUAUAUAGACGUAAAGCCAGAGGGAAUCCCAUCUUGUCAGUGUAGAUACUAAACAUUGAUUUACACUAAAAUCCAUGGCUGAUUCCUUUCAAAAUGGCAUUCAUCUAUAAUCUAGGUUGGCUUUGAGUGUAUGCAGAGGGAUUUCAAUGACAAAUCUAUAAAAAAAAAAAGCAUCUGAGGGGAAAAUCUUGUUCAAGAUGUUUGGAGGAAAGAAAGAUUUAACAGAUAUGUGAUUUUUCGGUAUUGUGGGAAACAAGGCAAUGUGAAGAAAACUAGAAAAGGUUACAAUAAACUUUAAUGUGAUUUUGGAAUUUCUGUACGUUUGUGUAAAGAUGUUUAAAGUCCUGAUAUUAGUCUGACUGAGUUUGCACCAUAAACAAAUCUUAAUUUUAUUCCUAUGUGUGUAUUUACAGACAAAGUAUGUCAGAAAAAAAGCAACACA